AUGGAAGCAGAGGAUAAAAUCCUAAAAUUAAUUAACUUUGAAUCAUCAACAUCCGAAAGGAAUGAAGCAAUCAAUUAUUUACAAAAACUACGUGGCUAUAAAGUGGAAAAUUUGAGAAAAGAUACAGUAAACAUAAAAGAUGACUUAAAUAAUCUUGAUAUUCAGUCUCAAGACAUAGCAUAUUCAAAUUAUCAAUCGUUCAUCAAGACAGCAGAGAGUUCCAGACAAGUUCUGAAAGGAUGGAAUGAAACAACGAAGAAUGUAGAGAAUUUAAUUGAAAAAGUUCCUGAUUUUAAUAAAAACAGUGAUAGUUUCGUAGAAACAGCCUACGACUUGAACACAUCUAGGAGAUUAAAUGCCCUUACCAUGAAAAAGCAUAUUGAGCUGCUUGAGAUAUUAGAAUUGCCACAAUUGAUGGAAUUAUCAAUCAGAGAAGAGAAAUAUGCGGAUGCACUGGAACUAGCGAGUUAUGUUGAAAAACUAAGUUCCAAAUUUGAUAACGUUCCGAUUGUCAAUAAUAUAGUUAAAACUAUUGAAUCAUCUUGGAAUGUUAUGCUUACUCAGUUAUUAUCAGAGCUUAAAACUGAUCUUACUCUUCCAAAAUGCCUUCAAAUUGUGGGUUUCUUAAAAAGAAUGCAAGCUUUUUCAACGCUUGAACUGAAGCUGAAGUUCUUACAGAUACGUGAUAGCUGGUUUAAGGAAAUCAUUGCAGCCAUUCCAAGAAAUGAUCCAUAUCAGCAUUUAAUUAAAACUAUUGAACUUACUCGUGUCAAUCUAUUCAACAUAAUCACACAAUAUAAAGCUCUAUUUGAUGAUGAAUCGGACACAAGAGAUACAGACACGAUGAUUCAUUUAAUGUUUACCAGCUGGAUUCAUGAGAAAGUUGAGGAUUUCUUAAAGACACUUGAAACUGAUUUAAUCAGCAGUAAUAACAAUUUGAUGGAUAUUGGAUCAAUAUUGGGACAAUGUAUGUAUUUCGGAAUUUCGUUCUCAAGAAUUGGAGUCGAUUUAAGAGCUCAAUGUGCACCAAUAUUUAUAAAAACGAUAUCCAGAUACCUAAAUACGUCAGUUAUUAAGGCAACGAAACAGUUUGAAAGUGACAUGGAAACUUUUACAUUAAUUAACAAAGAUAUUGUUCCAUUUAAACGACAUUUCAAGACCAACGUGGAAUCAAAAGAUUUGCAAGAUGAAAAAGAUUAUGCACCGCCUGAAAGUUUGCUAGAUUUUGAGCCACUUGCCUUAUAUUGUAAUGCAUUAAUUAAUAUUUUUAAUGAACUAAGAAGUUGUGCACCCAUAGCAGUUCUUCAAUCAUUUGUACAAUCACUAGAGAAUUCCUUAGAAAGUAUUUCAAAAUCAAUUUUAAGCUUCUACAGAAGUGAACAACAAGCAUUUGGUAUGAAGGAAAAAGAGAAUUUUCUAAAAAUGUGCACAUGCUUUUCAUUUGAGUUAGUUCCAUAUAUUCAGUCAUGUAUACAUCUCGUAUUUCCACCUAAGAAUCAUAUUGCUGGAAGUUUGGAAAGCAUUUCAACAUUAAAGGCUGAAAAAGUUUUAGAGACAAUUGAUCAUCUUUUGCCUGAUAAAAUUUCAUCCACAAAAAUUUAA